AUGGGACCCUUCGAAAUCAUCUACAUGGAUUUUGAUCAUUCGUUUCGGGUCUUCGACUUCCAGAAAACUAAUUCGAUUCCGUACUUUCUCGUCACCCACUUGAGUUAUAUGACGGCUCCUGGACUCCACGAGAAGAUUUUAAGGUUCCUUUUGAGCAUCUUAAGUAGUCCUCAUGCAUUUUUCCCAAAUCGUUUCAAAAUCAUCUUUAUUCAGCGACCCAAACUUGAUACGUUGGUACGCCAAAAACGCGAAUUCUUCUUCGCACCCAAAACUGGUCCCCCUUCCAAUUGGAUUGUAUGAAGAUACUCCUGAACAUCAUUCUCGGAUCGUCAGAGCAUCUUUGAGCCAAAAGUUUGAUUUUUUGGUGGAAACAAACUUUGGAUUUCUCCAGAAAAUUUGAAGAUAGACCCAUUGAUCUCUACGUUAACGUCGCUCUCGAGUCUCAUAAAAGUCGGUCGAAAAACUUUGAGUUUUGCAAUUCGACUUCGUUCACAACGCUCUGUAGGUUAGUGAUGGUCUUUGAAAAAGCCUGGAAUUUCGAGCCGUUGAUUGUUAUGAAAAUGCGCUCUGUGGAUAGAGGUGUCUAAAAAUGAAUUAUGAUUUUUUUUUCUAAUUUUACUUCUGUCGCGAAAAUAUUCGGCAAUAUUUAUGUAAAGCACUUCACAGGCUUCAAUGAGCCCAUUUUUUUUUUAUCAAUUAGCUGACAUGGGAGGUCAUUUUAGCGCAGGGUUCAGAAAUUCCUAAAAUUUUGCUCAAACAAUCUUUGAUGGACUGGCAAUCGAUCCCACACAGUCGCCAUUUGCGCAAACUUCUAGUUUUGGAGAUCUGAUUUUUCAAAGUUCUUAUCUUUAACCAUGUGACUCCGUUUGGAAGGAAUCUAGCCGCGCUAUCAACCUCUGCAUGGCAGAUAGGAACGUGGUGCAGUGGCUAGCGUGUUAGCCUACGAAGCCUAUAUUGAAAGUUCAAACCUUUUGCCGCAAACUUUUUUUUGCCAUUUUUUUUCCAAGAUUUCUUAUGAGCAUAUUAAGAAGCGAUUAUGUGGGAUCGAUUCCCAGUCCAUCAGAGAUUGUGUGGGCGAACUUAUAAUAAUUUCUGAGCCAUACGCUAUAAGGACUUCCCAUAGUAGAAUAUUUUUGUAAAGAUUUAUUUUUCGUUCCUUUUUUUUCUCGUUUUAGGUUUAUUGAUUUGAUUAUGUUCUCUUUGUUAUAAUAUAAACCAAAAUAACUAAAAGCUGAAAAUUUAUCACGGUGUUUUUUUGACAACGCCCCGCCCAUUUUUUUUUCCGUAAAGUGUAGUGUGUAGGGUGCAUGCACUGCGGCGCACUUGCACAUACCUUGUUCGAAGUAAUUUUCGCGAAAUUCAAAAUGAUCUCUGAAUUUCCGGAAUUCUGUUAUAUUUUUCCCUUUCUGAUGGCUAUUUUGAAUUUCGCGGAAUCACUUUGAACAUGGGAACAGCCAAGUUUUAGCUCCGCCCCCUUCGUUUUUGGUUUCGCUUUUUCUUCUAACGUCGUGUGAUGAAUGAUCAGAAAAAGAAAAUUUCAGGAUGGAGCGGAUACCAUUCGACGAGUAUUUGGAAGAACUGGGCAACUCCAAAUUCGUUCUUUCGCCCAGAGGUGCAGGCUUCGAUUGCUUUAGAACGUUUGGGUUUUGUCAUUUUUCCGAUUUUCAUCAGUUUUCGACUCACUUACAUCCUAAAUUUUAGUCUUUUCAACUGAAAAUCGUUUUGGGGUCACAUUUCUUGUCAACUUGAGUCUUUUAGAUGGGAAGCCAUCAUUAUGGGAGCGAUUCCAAUAAUCGAACGGAGCCCAAUCGACGCCCUCUAUCAAAAUGAACGCAUUUUAUUGGUUGACAGUUUUGAUGAGGUGAGCUUUUCCCUAUACAAAGCCUAUUAACACCCAACUUUUUGAGCCAUUUCCUCUUACUGUAGCCGGGUUACGGUAGGCUGGUGGGCACCUGCGUAUCUCAGUAUUGAAGAGGGGAAAGGGAACCCGUGGAAAAAGGCGAACAGGCCAUUUUCAGGCCAAAUUUGGGUUCAAAACGAAAUUUCGAGAUGAUGGUCAACCUGAAACCAUCUCAAGUUGCAAUAAAACUGAAUAAUAGACAUCUAUAAGUGAAAUGGAAACAAAAUUUAGAAUGGAUCUGUAAAUAAUGAGCCGUCAGGCAUCAUAGACUUGACCCAUUUGGCCGCCGCAAGACCACGAUUUUUGCUUUCGGAGCGAAUUUGCUAAGUGAUGGUCCACCUAGGAAUCUUUCAAACUAGUAUCAGCUUGUAGAGCUUUUCAAAAGGUAUCUUUUGAGAAGUUAGGAAGAAUGGAUCUUCCGGCUCAAGCUCGUGGUGGCCGAAAAACUGACUCGGCAGACGCAAAAAGUACCGUAACUCAAAAUUUUUCCACCGUAACCCAAGAUGAUAUGUACUGUAAAAGUUCUUAAAAUUGGAUUACCUAUCGAUUGAUAUAUCACUUGCUUAAUAAAAACUCUUCAAUGUUGAGAUAAGCAGGUGCCCACCUGCCCACCGUAACCCGGCUACAGUAAGAGGAAAUGGCUCAAAAAGUUGGGUCCGCAUUUCUGAUGAUGGGUUAUCACACUGGAUGAAGCUUCAUUUAUUAGAUUUUUUGAGAAUUACAGAGACAUCGUGUUAAGCUUUCAGAUCACCGCGUCGUUACUGCAAGAAACAGAAGAAAAGUUCGAGAGUCAUGAAUUUGGAAGGUCGAAAGUGUUCAAAUCGUAUUGGAAGGACAUGUUCCACGAUCCGGUCAGGGAAGUCGUCGGGAAACGGGCCUACCUACAGAAGUUCUACAGACCUGCGUGA